AUGCUUCCAAAGCUAUUCUUCAUCAUUUCUACACUAAUUUCCUCCUUCAUUUUCACUACUCAUUCUUAUAAUAGCCAAUGCCUUCACCAUCAGAAAACCUUGUUGCUUCAGUUCAAGAACGACUUGACAUUCGAUUCUUCUUUCUCGACAAAAUUGGUGCGAUGGAAUGAAAGUGAUGAGUGCUGCAAGUGGCCCGGUGUGGAAUGUGAUGCUGCUGGCUAUGUCGUUAGUUUGCAGCUCGAUGAUGAGUCUAUUUCUGGUGGAAUCGCAGAUUCAUCGAGUCUCUUCAAACUUAUGCAUCUGCAGAAGCUAAAUCUAGCCUACAAUUCUUUCAACAACACUCCCAUUCCAAGAGGUAUUCACAAUCUCACCUAUUUGACACACUUGACUUUGUCCCAUGCUGAAUUUGGUGGGCAGGUUCCACUCCAACUUUCCUUCUUGAGGAGAUUGGUUUGUCUCGAUAUCUCCUACAAUAUAUAUCAGGGAUCUCUAAGUCUUGAGCUCCCAAAUUUGGAGUUGUUUGUCCAAAAUCUAACAGGGCUUCAAGAGCUCUAUCUUGAUGCUGUCUUUGUUACUUCCUCUUAUGAGAGGAGAAAAUGGAGCCACAUUAUAGCAUCAUAUUUACCCAACCUCACCACCUUGAGCUUGCGUCAUUGUGAUUUGUCUGGCCCUUUAGAUAAGUCCUUUUCGCAACUCCAUUCCCUUUCCAUCCUUCGACUAGAUUUUAACCCUCUUGGGACAGAACUUCCAGACUUGUUCGCCAAUUUUUCAAGUUUGACCACUUUGUCUCUUUUUAACUGCCGUUUGAAGGGUUCGAUUCCACCCACCUUUGCUAACCUAACCAACCUGAUUCAUGUCAACUUGUCAACUAACUUGUUCACAGGCGCACUUUCUUCUACGUUGUUUGAAGGUUUUUCCAAUCUUGUUUAUUUAGAUUUGAGGAGUAAUUUAUUCUCUGGAAACAUUCCCCACUCUCUCUUUGCUCUCCCUUCAUUGUUGGAACUUGUUCUUCGCCACAACCAAUUUAAUGGCACUUUGCAACUGGACAACUUUCGAAGCCUUGCGAAUCUUACACGACUUGAUCUAUCUCACAAUAGAUUGUCAGUAGAUGUUGGCAACGUCAAUUCAACUUCAUAUGGAAGUCUCCAGCUAAAAGUGUUAAGACUAGCUUUUUGCAACUUGUCCCAUUUUCCUAAUUUCAUCAAAUAUUCGGAUAUGGUAGAUGUGGACCUCUCAAACAAUCGGAUUGGUGGGGAGAUACCUAGUUGGAUUUGGGGAACACAACUUUUUUGGUUGGACCUCUCUUUUAAUCUUCUUACAGAUAUGCAAAAGCCUUACCAUAUCCCUGAUUCUCUUGAUCACCUAUCCUUGGAGUCUAACCAGCUCAGGGUUUAA